GCCCUGUUGAUAGAGUCAGAAAUUAGACUUUUAUCCUCUCAGUGUGUUUAUUUUAGAUGCUUUUGAUCUGAGAGAAGGACGAAGGAGAGAGCUGACAGAACUGAUGGAGUCUGAGCGGCUUCCAGCUGCAUGGUCUUUACACGGUGAGGGAGAGGAACUGGGUGGAGCUUCUCCUCCGUUAGUGGGUGUGUCUGAAGACCCAGGACGCAGUCCUUUAAUCCCAAUGACACAACAUGGAAAGGACGAGCCGUGGUCAUGUGACAGCUCUGCAUCCACCUCAGAGGAGAGCGAUGACGAUGAGGAUUCGAGGGCGAGGAAGAAGAAGAAGAAGAAACUGAGGAAAAAGAAGAGCAAGAGAUCGAGCUCAUCAUCAUCAUCUUCCUCCAGCUCUUCGUCAGACAGCAGUGACGAUGAGAAAAAGAAGAAAAAGAAGAAGAAGAAAAAUAAGCAGAAAGAGCAGAGGAAAAGGAAACAGAAUGCUGUGACAACGGUGAUACCUGAGUCAGGUCUUGUCCUGGAAAUUGUGUUAACGCCACUGAAGGAGCAAAACGACAAGCGAGUGAUGAAAAAAGGAAAAAAAGACAGCGCCAGAAAGAAAAAACAAAAGAAGAAAGGCAAGAAGAAGCAGAAGCAAAAGAAAAACAAAAAGAAGAAGAAGAAGAACAAAAAGAAGAAAAAGAAAAAGAAGGAUUCCAGCUCAUCUUCUUCCUCUGACAGCUCGUCAUCUGAUAGCGAAGAUCAGGAUAAAAAGAAGAAAAAGAAAAAGAAGAAGAAAAAAAAGAAGAAAAAGAAAAAGAAGGAUAGUAGCUCAUCAUCUGACAGCUCCAGUGACGAUGAAAAGAUGAAGAAGAAAAAGAAGAAGAAAGACAAGAAAAGACAGAAGAAGAAAAAGAAGCUGAAGAAAAAGAAAAAAUACUCAAGCUCCAGUUGCAGUUCAUCUUCAUGCGAGAGUGAUGGUGAGAAAUCGAGCCAGAAUUUAAAGAAAAAGGAGACAGUAGAAUGGUCUCCAUGGGGUGAUGAUGCCGGGGAAAAUGAGGAGGGAAGAUCAGGUGUAACGGCUGAUGUUCAGUCAGCAGCUUCAGAAGCAUUCCCUGCGGUCUGUGAAGCUAAGACUGAUAGGAUAUGUGACGAUGGUGAAAGAAGAAAAGAAGAAAUGAAAGCAAAGCUCAAGAAAAAGAAAAAGGAUUCUGCGUCAUCUUCAGAAUCAUCUUUCUCUUGUUUGGAUAGUUCCUCCUCAGACAGUGAGGAUGACAAGAAAAAGAAGAAGAAGAAGAAGAAGAAGAAGAAGAAGAAGAAGAAGAAGAAGAAGAUGAAGGACUCAAGCUCAUCUUCAUCUGAUUCUUCCUCCUCAUCGGACAGUGAGGAUGAAAAGAAGAAAAAGAAGAAGAAGAAGAAGAAGAAGAAGAAGAAGAAGAAGAAGAAGAAAAAGAAGGACUCGAGCUCAUCCUCAUCCUCAUCAGAGUGUUCCUCCUCAGACAGUGAGGAUGAAAAGCGAAAGAAGAAGAAAAGAAGGAAGAAGAAAAAGAAGGUCUGCUGCUCUUCCUCUUCAUCUGACAGUGAGGAUGAACAGAAGAGGAUGAAGAAGACAAAAAGAAGAAAGAAGAAAAAGAGCAAAUCUAAGAAGACUAAGAAGAAGGGUUUAAGAUCUCCUUCACCUCAUACUCCUGAUGAAAAUAAAACGAAAGAGGACUUCUUAAAGGAGGAAGUGAAGGAAGAACAUCAGGAUGGAAGGAGCGACGCAGCAGGAGGAGAGGUCAGAGAGAGAUACGACACGUUCCUGGACGAUCCCAUACGUGGCAUCUUUACUGAGGGGGCUGAGUCUAAUGGGGAGGAGUCUAGAGUCACCUGGGGGGGCGGAGCUUUAAGCUACAGAGCUCAUGCGGACACUGAGAAGAAAGAUGACGAGUCACAAUAUCAGACGUUGAAUGAAAACGAAUUGUGAAUCUGUUAUUCGGAGUAAAAAAAAAUCAUUUGAGUUUAGAUUUGAUCCAUGCAGUUCAGCAGUUGGUUAAUCUGUUGAACACAAUCAGGGCUUUUAUAUGAGGAAUAACAGCUAAUUGAAAAGAUUACUAAUUUGUUUCUCAAGGAAUUUUGUGAUUUGUUUUGCUGUUGAUUUAUGGCACAGGAGGUAAUUUUCUGUUGUAGCUUUAUAAGUUUAAGACACUUGUUCAGAUUUUAGAUUGUAUCAAAUGAGCACAAAGGGCUACAAUGACUGAAUUAUAGCUCAUUGUUUUGUUAACAAUUUGAUCUACAAACAAAUCAACAAACUCAACUUUAAAUUCUAAAAUUCUUAGUUGUUCUAAGAACGUUAGCUUUAUCCAUCAAUUUUGAGUUAAUAAAACAGUCAGAGCGGGCGAAAAGUAAAACUGCAAGUUAAAAUAGAAAUUAAUUGAAAUUUUAUUGUGAAGAAUCAAAACACUUUAUUUACUGAAGUAAUUGCUUGAAAAUUUGAGAUUCUGGAAAAACAAUGAUGCACUUUUGUUACAAUUAUCUACAAUAAACAACAAAUAAGAUUUUCA